GCAACCUUCUUCGCAAUUUUCAACUCGAUCCCUUAUUAUCUCAGUAUCAAGUAAAAACCAAAAUCUUUGGAAAAAAAACUGAGUUUAUGGAUGAUAGUGAAAUGCAUCGAGAGAAAUUGAUGAUGGAGGAUUAUUUUUCUAUGAAGAGAAGAAAGUUACGAGCUUUGUGUAAAAAGCAUGGCGUCCCUGCUAAUUUAGCCAAUAUUGAAAUGGCAAGACGCUUGACCGAAAUUCUCAAGGCAAAAGAACUCUCAAAAUCGGAAGAAGCUGGUGAGAAAAGUGAAGUAAAGAAUGUUAAGAAAGUGCGGUUCAGUCGUGAGGUUGAAACGCGAGAAUAUGAGGUUUCGGUUUAUAAAAAGGCAGACAGACGAUUAACCAGGAGUUCCGUUUUAGAUAAUCCUGUUGCUUCUAAACAGAGCAAUGCUGUUUCUGGAACGAAAAGACGUCGAGGCGAGGGAGAUGAAAAGAUGAGAAACGACAUUGAUUCCAGGAGGUUUACUCGCUCAAUGAAGAAGAUUUCUGCAUAGUGUACUGUAGAGAAUUGAAACAGAGGUUGAGGAAAUAGAAGGGAUGUCGUUUCAGUGAUCUACAAUCUUUGGCUCAUAAGGUUUGAGCGGAAGAAAAUGCAAUUGGAAGAAUGAAUUGCAUUAGAGCACACAAAAGGUCAUGUGCUCUACACACCAAGUGAGUUUUGUAAAUAUUAGA